AUGGCACCCAUGAAGUUUUUGAUUCCUGGAGGAUAUGAAGUAAAUCUUGAAGGAACUUCUGGAAUAUGGACUUAUGAUGAGAGAUUAAAGAAUUAUAGGUUAUAUGGCAUGAGGGUUGAUAAAGAGAUAAGUAGAUUGGAUAGAGGAACCAUGGCUACAGGGAUAUUGGCUUGUUAUAGGCUGACUCAACCUGAAAGCACCGAAAUAAAGAUGUCUACAGCAAGAGAGUUAGAAGGGAAAUGUAAUGAAAUACCUAAAGGUGCACAGUACAAUAUAUACUUGAAUGGUCUGCUAUACACUGCUACCAAAGACUCUUCCAUAGGAUAUCAUGGGGAUGCCACCAUUACAAGGCAAUUGGAGGAACUAAUGAAGAGAUAUAAGACGCAAGGUCAGAUAUUGAGGUAUGGCAAAAGGUGA